GGCAAGGUUGAAAAGCAUGCACUAAGCCACUGCAAAUAUGAUGCAAGAUCAUCAAAUCGGGCGCGCAGAAAGGCCACUGGUUUGCGGAGCCUCCCACAAGCGUGUUGGCCAUGUUGGAGCUCACACGCAUAAAUACCCUAUAUCGCCAUCAGAGGUCUUCGUGAGCAAGAGCACAGCCUCGUUUUGACCGACUCGACCCUUGGACAUUCUUUGUUCCGUGGCAUAACCGACAUGUCAGUCCACGGCUCCGAGAUCGAAGACAAGAGCAUUACUGCCAGGCUGGAUCCCCUAACACCACUUCCCUCCUUUCAACCGAGAAGCAUUAUCCGAGCUUGGUCGUUGCAAAUUAAGCAGCGAAAGACUGCAGGCUUAGCACAUGACGUUGUCUCCUUCGAUUGGGAUUAUGGAGCUUCGCGACUCCACCGCGCAACUGCAAAUCUCCAGAGAGCCAUCAUGGGAAAUGACCCUCUGGACGCUAUCAGUACUCAGUCUUGGGUUUGGUUCCAAAAGUACUUAGAAAACAAAAUCACACCUUUACUUCGAGACAAAUUGAUUGUCCCAGUCGUGACGGAUGUCUCUCUCGAUGUGAUCGGCGAUGACACUUCUGGAAAAACAGCCAUCUUCACUCUGAUUACUGAAGUGGCCAAGUGCCUGGUCAAUGACGGAGAAGUCACCCUUCCCGGUAUCGUCGAUCACCUCACCGAGGUCAAACUUGAGGAUAGUCGCUCGGAGAAAACCCAGCUGCUUCUGAUCGAGGGACGACGUGAGCUCGCAACACAUUUGGUCUUUCACGUGAUUGGGUGGAUCACUGCCAUCUGGGAGCCCUUAUUAUUCGAAGUCCUCGAUUCGAAUCUGGCCGAGUCCCGGUUGUGCAUUGCCGGGGCGUCUUGUCAACGACGACGGCCCGGGAUCUUGUACCAUCCGGUUGUGCGGAAUCCCUCUCUAUCCCUGCAAGGUCUGGCACAUCAGCCACUGCGUCAAACUGCUGGCAGGUUUGGGAAAUUGUUCCCCGUGCCUGAGCUCUGUCUCGAAGAUAAUACUCUGGGCACAAGAGACAUAGAGUCUGCCUGCAUUACUACCGCCUAUCUGUCGUAUCACAGCUUGGCCAAUAUUGUCGACGUCAAAAUUGCAUGGACGAGCACCCUGGGACAGCAUCUUGAGUAUGACCAGAGACACAAGAAACUGUUUGUCUUUAAAAAUCCAUCCAUCUGUCUCUUACUUUAUCGGAAGACUUCCAAAAGUAUACUGUCCGAGGUGUUCAAGCCAACCCAACAAAGCCAAAGCAUGAGCAAGCUAUCUGGGGGUCUUGAGCAGGUCGAGUAUGAAGACUAUCUCGCCGAAGUUCUUCUCUCUUAUCGGCUCGUGUUCGCUCAUGACCAGAGGUCUGGGAAACUGAUUGGACGUGAGAUCGAUGCUCUUGGGCCGGACUGUGACCCUCUUCUACGCACACUCUGCACAGAACCUAAUACUUCUGACAAGAUCAAAGAGAUCUAUAAUCGCCUUGACGCUGAAUCAUGCGAGAAUUACGUCUUCAUAGCAGAGUUCCCCUUCCUGGCCAAGCGCUUUAUUCGACUGCAAAAAGCGAGCAUGGGUCGCAAUCCUCACUCGAUUCGCAGGCUGUGGUAUGACAGACGCAACCCUCCUGCGUGGUUUGCUCUUUGGGCAGUCCUCAUUAUCACAGGAGCCACGCUGCUGUUGCAAUUCUUGCAGCUUGUGUUUCAAAUAUACACUCCUUUCUGAAGGAAAGGUGGCCUCCCCUUCUGCGCUUCAGUUUCUGAGAGAGAUUGGAUCAUGCAUAAUCAUUGGCUCCAAAGCGGCUCCCGGAACAUCAUCAAUCCCAAGACGUGCCAACAUAUCAAUGCCCAGGGCAACACGCUCCAAGACCUAGCCUUGAGCAGCCUUGGAGAUGAAGGGUAGGUGCACAAUACUUGGAACUCACGUGAAAUCAUGUGAUCAUGGUAAUGCAACUGCCUUGAUAAAUACCCUACCGGCUCCAAGGCAUAUUGCACGUGCCCAAGUCAAGUCCUAAGUGCCCCGCAGAUUCUUACUCUGAUAUCGAUAACUCAGUCCAAAUGGGACUUCAUUACAUAGACUACGCAUUGAGAAGGACAAGCCGUCUGCAGAAAUUGGAAACAACGCUUAAGAGUAGAUGAGGCAGUGAGAGGAUGAAAGUGAUCAGGUGAAAUAUCCGCCCGGAGGAUUUGGUGUCCACG